AUGGCUAGAGAAGAAUUUGGUAAGUGUUUGGUUAGAGUAUUGCAAACGAACCGAUGGGACGCAUGGGCAACGGACUCGGACUCCCCCGAGAAGCAGGCAGCGCGUGUUGCUUGGCUUGAGCUACUCAUGCUCUUCAACGUCUGCUAUCACCAGGCGUUGCGUUCCUUCGAACAUGGGAAGGGGCCCGGGCCGGACGGUCUCCGGGCUGACUUCCUUCGCCUCUUGCUCGAAAGCCCAGGAGGUAAAAGGGAUGGACAGGGACAAGCCAUUCCGCUUUCGCAAGAUGCUCGUCCGAUUGUGAUGGGCACUACUUGGCGGAAAUUAUGCUUCAAAACCACGUUUCUCUUGGAUAAGGUUCGGAUUCAGGAGCGUCUUGCCCCCCAGCAAUUUGCCGUUGGCGUGCGGUCCGGCGCUGAGGCCAUGAUUCAUGCUACUAGGGCUUGGUUGCGAUUGAAUUCCCAUAGAAGAGACUAUGUAUUGCUCCAAAGAGAUGUCUCCAACGCCUUCAAUAGUGUGCACACUCACAUGUUUUUGGACGAGUGUUAUCGCUUCGCCCACGCCUCCAGCAAGUUUGCCGAGUUCUGCUACGGGGUACCGAGCCACUUAGUUUACCAUGGUCGGUGUAUGCAGUCAGCCAGAGGCCAACAGGGUUGUCCGCUCAUGGGACCGCUCUUCUGCCUUGCACGCAAGCGUAUGUACGAGGAGGCGUGCGCUAAUGUAAGGGGGGCGGCCGAGUGCUUCGACCCUGAGUUUGCUGAUGACGGCUUCUGCGGGGGUCCGAUCUCACUGGUUUGGGCGAUCUUUGAACAGGAGCUCGCGCUCGCAGGGAAGUACGGCCUACACUUCGAUUUGAGUAAGACAAAGUUACAUAUCCUUGCCGGGGACGAUUUCCAAGGCGACUUGCGGCCGUUCACGGCACUGGGAAUUAACAUCAUCAAAGGAACUAAUGUUCAGAUGCUGCAGGUACCCCUGAUUGGUCCAACAUCAUUGUACGAUGAGUGGAAUCGCACGAAGGUCGGUGACCUCGAUCAAGCCCUCACUGCCAUUGAGACACUCCCCCACAAACAUAUCUCCCUCCAUCUCAUGAAGCAAUGUUUGAGCUUCCCGAAAUUGGCGUAUUACGCGAG